AUGUCUGAUCCAGAGGUUCAUCCUGUCACCUCUCAGAUAAGAGUGGACGACUUGCGCAUCCAGUCGGUUAUCUCUAACCAGGAUAUCGUAUUGAACAUUGACCAUGCCGUGGAAAGCGAUGAAGCUAUGAUCCUCGCUUUGGGGUAUAAACAGGAGUUCCAGCGUGAGUUCACUGGGCUUUCGGUUUUUGCUGUAUCGUUUUCGGUCUUGGGACUUCUACCUUCGGUGGCUGCUACUUUUGAGUAUCAACAGAUGGUGGUGGGCUGCUCGCCAGUGCCGUGGAUUUUGGCUAUUAUGGGCGUUACGGCGGUUGCUUAUUCUAUGGCCGAAGUGGCCUCUGCAUUUCCUACUUCGGCAGGAACCCCUUAUGCUGUUUCACAGCUUUCGCCUAAGAAAUGGGCUCCGUUUUUGACUUGGAUCACUUGUUUUUCAAAUUGGAUGUGUCAAAUCACUGCUGCACCAAGUUGUAAUUAUUCUGGUGCUUCUAUGAUGCUUGCCUUGGCGUCUUAUGGCUCGGAAUAUGUCCCUGAACGCUGGCACGUUUACCUUUUAACCACUGCCAUUAACGUGUACAUCUGUCAAUAUGCUUUUUUGGCCAUUGUGUUUAUUAUUAUCUUUGCUGCCAACGAUAGACUUGGUAUGUACGAUGGAGAAGUCUCCAAAUUCAACAGCAACUCUAUGGCGUGGGGUUUUGAUAACCAGACAGAUUUUCCAACCGGUGUGGCUGUUCUUGUAUCUUUUAUGGGUGUCAUUUGGGCCAUGUCUGGUUACGACUCGCCUUUCCAUUUGGCUGAAGAGUGUUCUAACGCUGCUGUGGCUGCCCCAAGAGCUAUUUGCUUGACUUCUACUAUUGGUGGUGCCAUUGGUUUCCUUUUCAUGUUGGCUAUUGCUUACACUGUGGUUAGCGUUGAUGAAAUCUCAGCAGACCCAAUGAGUCUAGGCCAGCCAUUCGUUACUUACUUGACGCAGUUUCUAUCAAGACCUUGCGUUGUGGCUUGCACAGCUUUGACCAUCAUUUCGUCAUUUUUCAUGGGCUGCUCGUGUAUGUUGGCAGCCUCUCGUGUGACCUUCUCGUACUCAAGAGACGGUCUUUUCCCACUCUCCAGAUACUGGAAGAUUGUGCACCCAAAAACCCAGACUCCAAUUAAUGCUGUAUGGAUUAACAUGUUUUUGGGCCAGCUCUUUUUGCUUCUUUUAUUUGGAGGUGAGACUGCCAUCGGUGCUAUCUUUUCUGUGGGUGGUAUUUCAUCAAUCAUCUCGUUUAUCAUGCCUACAAUCUUCAAGCUCACCUACUCCAGAAACACAUUCCGUCCUGGUCCCUGGAACUUGGGCCGCAUGUCGCUCCCUAUUGGCUUGGUAGCCAUUGCAUUCGUGAUUACUAUGAUUCCUUUCUUAUGUUUCCCUACUUCGGCUGGCCUGAAUCUCAACCCUGAGGACAUGAACUGGACAGUUCUUGUGUUUUUCGGCCCCAUGCUUGGUUUUAUUAUUUGGUUUGUUGUCGACGCCCACAAAUGGUACAUUGGCCCCAGACCCAACAUCGACGAGUACAUCAACCAUUCAGAUUCAGAGAAUGUGGAGGUUUACAAUGGUGUCAAGCGUCAGUCUUCUGGAAGCACUGAAGACAGAAAAUCCUGA